AUGAGUCAACCUCCAUACGGUCAACAUCCACCACAAGUUCAAGGCUACGGUCAACAACCUCCUUCUUCACAACAACCAUACGGUCAAUAUGGUCAACAACAACAACCGCCAUACGGAGGUCAAUAUGGUCAACAACUUCCAUACGGCCAACCACAACAUCCAUACGGUCAACAACCACCAAUGGGACAAUCACAAUAUGGUCAAUAUGGACAACAACCACCGAUGGGACAAUCACCAUACGGCCAACAACCUCCAAUGGGACAAUCACAAUAUGGUCAGCCAUCUGUUCCUCAACAAUAUGGUCAACAACCACCUAUGGGACAAGUUCCUCGUCAAACUACUCCACCAGUUAGUAGCUCACCAAUUCCACCAUCUCAAAAUCCACAAUAUGGUCAACCAUCUGUUCCUCCAAUGAAUCAAUCUCAAUACGGACAACAACCACCAAUGGGACAACCAGGACAAGUUCCACCUCAAUAUGGUCAAACUGGUCAAGUUUCCCCACAAUUUGGUCAACAACCACCUCAACCUGGUCAAACUGGACAACAACCACCACAAUAUGGUCAACCAUCUGUUCCUUCACAAAAUCCACAAUAUGGUCAACCAGGUCAAGUUCCACCAACAGGUCAACAACCACCAAUGGGACAAGUUCCUCCAUCAACUAAUCCUCAAUUUGGACAACCAUCUGUUCCACCACAAAAUCCACAGCUCGGACAACCAGGUCAAGUUCCACCACAAUAUGGUCAACAACCACAACCAGGUCAAAACCCACAAUAUGGCCAACCAUCUGUUCCACCUCAAAAUCCACAACUCGGACAACCAGGUCAAGUUCCACCACAAUUUGGCCAACAACCACCACAAUUUGGUCAACAACCAGUGGGACAACCAGGUCAAGUUCCACCACAAUAUGGACAACCAGGUCAAACUGGACAACAACCACAACCAGGUCAAAAUCAAUUCAUGCCAAUUCAACAAACUCAACCAAAUCCUCAACUCAAGGCUUGGUUCGAUGCUGUUGAUCUUGACAAGUCCGGACAAGUCUCAGCUGAAGAAUUAUCAACUGUUUUGUCAAAGGGUGGUAUGGUCUUUGAUAAGAGUGUUACUCAAAAGAUGAUCAAAAUGUUCGAUCGUGAUAAUUCUGGUCAAAUUGGUUUCCAUGAAUUUGAACAAUUGCACUAUUAUUUAAUGAACAUGAAGAAUGCUUUUGAAAAGACUGAUACUAAUAGAAGUGGAACUUUGGAUUUGAACGAAGUCAAGACAGCAAUUCAAUAUUCAGGAGUUCAAGUUUCUCCAUCUGCUCUUGACAGAUUGUUCAAGAAUUUUGAUAAGGACAAACAAGGUACAUUCUCCUUUGCUGAAUAUAUUGAUUUCACUAUCUUUAUUGGAAUUUGUAGAAACUCAUUCCAAUUAUUUGAUAAGCAAAGUACUGGACAAGCAACCUUCUCUUUUGAUCAAUUCCUUGAAGCUGCUGCUUACAUUUCCCAUUAAACUUUGUAAUUUAUUGUAAUUUAAUUUG